UGCGUGCUGGCGUCACGGGCGGCGCGCGCGCGGGGACGUGUCGGUGGCGCCGGGCCCGCCAUGGGGGAGCCGCCGCGGCGGCCGCGGGAGCUGUUCUUGGCCGGGCUGGCUGCGGCCUACCUCGCCGCUUUCGUCUCGCUCUACCUCCAGAUCCCCGGGCUGUACGGGCGUGAUGGGAUCCUGCCGGCCCGCCGGGUGCUGCGCCUGAGCGGGAAGGGGCUGUGGGAACAGCUGCGCGAUGUCCCCACGUUGCUGUGGCUCGGCCCUCACCUGGGGCUGGACACGGAGCAGGGCAUGGAGCUGCUCUGCCUGCUGGGAGCCGUCGCCUCCCUGGGCGCGCUGCUCUGCGCCCCGCUGCGCGACUGCCUGCUCUUCGCCGUCCUGCGGGUGUUCUACCUCUCGCUCUACCAGGUGGGACAGGUCUUCCUCUACUUCCAGUGGGACAGCCUCCUGCUGGAAGCGGGCUUCCUGGCCGUGCUCGUGGCUCCCCUGCGCCUGCUCAAGUGGCGUUCCACGGCCUGGCGCCCACACGACAGCGUCACCUUCUGGCUGGUGCGCUGGCUGCUCUUCCGCCUCAUGUUUGCCUCUGGCGUGGUGAAGCUGACCAGCCGCUGCCCCACCUGGUGGGGGCUCACAGCUCUCACCUAUCACUACGAGACCCAGUGCAUCCCCACGCCGGCCGCCUGGUAUGCCCACCAGCUGCCCGUGUGGUUCCAGAAGUUCAGCGUGGUGGCCACCUACGUCAUCGAGAUCGCCGUCCCGCUGCUGUUCUUCGUGCCCGUCCGCCGCCUCCGGCUCUUCGCCUUCUACUGCCAGGUCCUGCUGCAGAUCCUGAUCAUCCUCACGGGCAACUACAACUUCUUCAACGCGCUCACCAUCGUCUUGGCCUUCUCCCUGCUGGAUGAGGAGCACGUGGGGCGCUGGCUGGGGCGCGGCAAGAGGAAGCACGCCAGCUCAGCCUGGCCUCCAACCCUCCUCUCCUUCCUCUCCACCCUGCUGGAGCUGGCCACCUACGCCUUGCUGCUCUACUGGAGCAUCCACUACUUCAGCCUGGAGAUCGACUGGGAGAAGAAGCUGCUGGAGUCCAAAGUGGCCUUCACCUACCACGAGUUCACGCAGUGGCUGCGAGCGGUGACGCUGCCUCUGGUGGGGCUGGGCUUCCUCUCCCUCUCCUGGGAAAUUCUCUCUGCCAUGUACCGGUGUGCCUGCGUCCGUGGCUUCUUCUGGAAGCUGUGGGCCACGCUGCAGUGGGCCGUCUUCGCCACAGCUACCGUGGGGAUGUUUGCCAUCAGCUUGGUGCCCUUCACCUACAUUGACUACGAGUCCAACGGCAAGCUGUGGCCCGGCAUCCACCAGAUGUUCAGCGCCGUCGAGCGCUUCCAGGUGGUGAACUCCUACGGGCUCUUCCGCAGGAUGACGGGCGUCGGGGGCCGGCCCGAGGUGGUGCUGGAGGGCAGCUACGACAAGCAGAGCUGGACGGAGAUCGAGUUCAUGUACAAACCGGGGAACGUCAGCUCGACCCCCGCCGUGGUGGCCCCCCACCAGCCCCGCCUCGACUGGCAGAUGUGGUUCGCCGCCCUGGCUCACCACACCAGCAGCCCCUGGUUUGCCAGCUUCGUCCACCGCCUGCUGCAGGGCAAAGAGGACGUGAUCCGCCUGGUGCAGGUGGAUGAGGACAGGUACCCCUUCAGCGCCCAGCCGCCCGUCUACCUGCGUGCCCAGCUCUACAAGUACUGGUUCACCCACAGCGCCGAGAGCGGGCCGGCAGCUGCGCGGUGGUGGCGGCGGCAGCACGUGCAGGAGUUCUUCCCCACCGUCUCCCUCGGGGACCCAACGCUGGACGCUCUGCUCGCCCAGCACGGGCUGAAGGACAAGCUACCCCUGAAGCGCCCCGUGGAUGCCUUCCUGCCCUGGUUCCUGGGCUCCGUGCGCCGGCUCAGCCGCCCCUUCCCCCCCCACGUCGUGCUGUGGUCCCUCUACCUGGGGGCUGCCAUUGCUUGCCUGCUGCGCUCCAUGACCCGCCGGCCCCGGGGGGGCCCGCCCCCCGCCCGACACAAAGCUCCCAGACAGCAGCGGGGAGACCCCGGGGAGAAGAACGGGCAGCUGCGCAGGAAGGAGGGCAGGGAGGCGGACGAGAAGAGCGAGGGCCGAGCCCGGGGGGGGGCAGCCGAUGGCGAGGGCCCCCGCGGCACCAAGAGGAGGAAGUAGCAGCGCUGGGUACCCCGUGUUCCACGCACUGACUGCCGCCGCUGGGUCCCCCCCCCCCGCCACC